AUGCAGUUGCACGAGUGCAUCUUCUGCGCGACAGCGCCCUCGCCGUCUACCCCAGGCCCUGGAACGAUAUCUCUGCAUGACAUUCAGAACGGGACAUCUCUGGCGUCGUUCAAACAAACAUCUUCUGGGGCGCACUGUACAGCCGUGGUACAGUCGCGAAAUGGACAGGGUGGCUUCAUGCUUGCUGCCCAGCCUGAAAAAUCCAUCAUGAACGUCUACAAUUUCCAAAAAGACCAAUUGGCACUCAAACUCGUGCUGCCAGAAAAGCUGUCUGCCAUUGCAGUUGACCCACAUGGAAGCUACUGCGCAGGCGGCACGUCCCAAGGGCGAAUAUAUCUCUGGGAGAUUGCCUCGGGUAUCAUGUACAAUGCUUGGGACGCCCAUUACCGCCAAGUGAAUGUCCUGCGGUUCACACAAGACGGUGCGGCAUUGCUCUCGGGCAGCGAAGACUCGGGUGUAAGCGUCUGGUCUGUGUCAAGACUUGUCGAUGACGAUAUGCACAACGAACUCCCGACGCCAUAUUUCCAAAUUUCUGACCACACACUGGCUGUCACAGACGUUGUGUGCGGUGUAGGCCAUUUCCCCUCAUGUCGAGUUCUUACUUCGUCCGUCGACCACUCCGUCAAGCUUUGGGACUUAUACUCAAAAUCACUCCUCACCACCUUUUACUUCCCGCAACCAAUAACAUGUCUCGCAUGGGAUGUUACUGAGCGUCUGUUCUUUGCUGCAUCUAUGGACGGAUCGGUACACCAGGUCAAUCUCUUCCGUCAGCGGGAAGACAAGUUCGGACGUGCGGCAAUGGAGGCCGUCGGAGGCGGCGGGAUUAGCGACGUGAUCAGGAUUAAUGACCUGGACCCGCAGAGCGCAAAAAAGCGGCUGAUCUCCGUUGGUCAACCAGUGACGACACUCGCCAUAUCACUCACAUCGUCUUUGCUCCUAGUCGGAACAGCGGCAGGACUCAUCCAAACGUAUGACAUUGCCUCCCACCAGCUUUUGCGCACGCUCAGCACCCACAAGGGCCUCGCCAUCACGCACCUUGCGACGCUGCUCCGUCCACCAGACCUCAUCGGCCACGUAAGCCUGACACUCACGACAGGGACGGAGCAAAAGGAGAUGCCGGUGCGUCCGGUAGCACCUCUCCAGCGGAUGAAGGACGCGAAGGCACGAGAGGCACACGAAGUUGCAAUGCUGCUGCCUGUACAGGAGAAUACGAACACGGAGGUGUUUUCUUCAUACUCCCGCGGCGAGCUUGUGGAAGACCAUGCAUUCUUCGUGCAGUCAGAGUCCGACUCAAAUGCGGCUUCAAACAGCGCUGCAUCGGGUCUGUCGUUGCAGUCGCAGGUGGCGGAGCUGGAAGGUGAGGUGGCGCGUCUACGGGAGCAGCUCGGAAAGGCGAAGGGGGUUAAUGACGCUAUGUGGGAGACAAUGGUCAAGCGACUUGUAGAGGGCAAGGAUGAGAAGGACCAGGCAGCGGAGCAAAAUGAGCAGGACGCGGAGGAUGGCAGCAGACGCAGGAAGCGCGGACGUGUAUGA